AUGUCUGUUUAUAUUUUACAUCCGCAAACCGUGACUACGCCAAGUUAUUCAUCGUCACUUCUUAAGACACGAAAUGUGGCAGCACCAAUUCUACCACGCUAUUGUACGGCACGACCGCUCACCAUGGUAGAGCGACAGUCACUUCGUGCAGUUAUUCCAGUGCAAAAUGUACAGCGGUCGGAGAAAGCUACUGUACUGCAGCAACCCAUUGAGGAGUUGCUGGGUCUGGGAGCUCCAGGCGAACACCCAGUUCGAAAACGUGAACGUUUGAAUCAUUUGACAGCAGAAGAAAAACAGAAUCGGCGUAAAUUAAAGAAUCGUGUGGCUGCGCAGACGGCACGUGAUCGCAAGAAGUACCGUGCGAGCAAACUUGAAGAAGCCGUUCGAAUGCUUAUCCUAGAGAACGGAAAAUUGCGAGAAGAAAAUAAAUGCUUAAAGAGAACAUGUGAAGAACUAAAGAGUCAUAACGUCGAGUUGCAGGAUUUGUUGAACAAUAACCAGGAACGUGAGGGAUCGUGCUCAGAGACGGAAUAUGCCAUCAUCGUCCCUUGGAUCUGCCGAAUCCAUUCGCGGUCCCCAGCAGAGGGAACAGGCGAUGAUGCGUUCAUUGCGGAUUUUAAUGCUUUUCUGUCUAGCGAUGAAAUGCAGCAAAUCAUUGGGGAAAUCUGCGCAGCUGACGGAACGGAUUCGACGUUGCAAGGUGCUAAUGGGACGGCACUCUGCUUCGAGCGAUUUUGUUCGAAAAUACUUAGUGAAACUGAUGAUACUGUUACGACGUCAGACACCGCUGAAUCGAACUACCCGAAAAGCGGCAACACGCGUCGAAUGGAUUGCACAACACCAAACAUCAUUAUAGCACCUGAAUAUUUAAAAUCGGACCCCGAAUCCUCUAGCUGUGUAGAUAUUGGUGAUGAUAAUGCAAUGAAAUAUAUGGAAUCAUCUUCUAUUGAUUUUGAUUUGGAUGACUAUGAAUUUAAAUGUAAACAAUCGCCCGACUACCCAUCAUUCGGUGCAUCUCUGAACACAUCGAGAGAUUUCAUUUCAUCUCCCUGCCCGCUCACUUUUCUUGACGACAUAAAGGGAGAAAACAGUGAUACUUCUUCACCUUUUAUUAGUGGUAAUGAUCCAAUGUUUUGUGUCCCCCACAAAUGGGACUGUGUGUAUCAAGUAGGUAUUUUCAAAAAUGUCUUGCUAAGACCAACGAUCUGGGAAGCGCGUCGAGUAUUUCCUGAAAUUGUGAUGCGUAUGGAACUCACUCGUUUUGCUGAUCUGAAAGCGGACCCCACCCUUGACGCAUAG